CCUCCCACAACACUCACACCUUCAGCGAAGCUCCUCCCACAACAAUCACACCUUCAGUGAAGCUCCUCCCACUGCAGUUCAGCAAUAAAUGCUGGAAUAUUCCCAUCAGUCUACAAGUGAAGACGAGCAUCAGAGCAUCAGGAAGAAGUGAAAUCUGCAGAGACAGAGUUUAUUGAAGGACAGAGAGAACAUGAGAGAUCCAGAACCCUGCAGAAUGAAACACACUGAAGAACAAACAGACCUGAUGGAGGAGAACGAGGAGAGUGAACAGCAGAAAUAUCAUUGUGGAAAACCUAGAGAUAAAACUCACUCUCAGACUGAAAGAGUUUCUUUACUGAAAAGAAGAGACGAGAAAAGUUUCACCUGCACUCAGUGUGGAAAGAGUUUCACAUACAAACAGAAUCUCAAGAGACACAUGAGGAUCCACACUGGAGAGAAACCAUUCACAUGUGAUCAGUGCGGGAAGAGAUUCACACGAUCAUCAACCCUUAAGGACCACAUGAACAUCCACACUGGAGAGAAACUGCAUGAAUGUGAUCAAUGUGGAAAAACAUUUUUGUGGGCUUCAGUCCUGAAGGAUCACCUGAAAGUUCAUACGAAGGAGAAACCACAUUCAUGUUCUUUAUGUGGAAAGAGUUUUUCACGUCUGCAGGGUUUAAAAGUUCAUCAGAAGAUACACACUGGUGUGAGAGAAUAUAUGUGCUUUGAGUGUGAGAAGACCUUUAUUACAGCUGAAGAAUUGAAACGGCACCAGAUGAUUCACACUGGAGAGAAACCUUAUCACUGCACUGCAUGCGGGAAGAGUUUCACUCAAUCAUCUAAUCUACGGAGACAUAAAAUAAACAAUCACAAUAAGUAGUUUAUCUUCAGGUCCACUGCUUUCAAGUGAUACACCACAUCUCUUCCAUAUUAAUCUAAACAUCAUCUAAAUAUAACAGUGAAUAAAGUUCAUCUUCAAGACCAGCAGCUUCUGUGAGAUUCAGAUCAACUCAAAGAUGGUGUUCCUCCCCUAAGAACAAUAUCUAAAGUUUUAUUCUUGUAUACAACUUUGCUUUAUGAUAUAAAUGAUAUUAUUAUGCUUUAUUACGAGUUUCAUUUUAUGUUC